AUGAACUCAGUGGAACGUUUAGUUUACUACAGUGAUAAGUUAGAAGUAGAAGCCGAGAAUAUAAUACCGGACAACCGACCACCACCUGGGUGGCCAGCUCGUGGAGAAAUUCACAUUAAAAAUUUAGAAAUUAAAUAUGGACCUGAUAGUCCUCUAGUUUUAAAAGGAAUAUCUGUUAAUAUUAUGGCUGCUGAAAAGAUUGGAAUUCAUAACGACCUUAAACUUUGGAAUGCACUUCAUCGUGUAUACUUGAUUAAAAAUUCCAACUCUACUUUUGAAAAAGAACUAGAAGAGUUAGAAGAUAUUCAUUCUAUUUCAGACCUGAAAAGUAAUAAACAGGAAUCAACAACACUUGACUUACCUGUUACAGAAAAUGGUGCAAAUUUUUCCCAAGGCCAACGACAGCUAAUUGCACUUGCCAGAGCAUUAGUUCGUCAUCCUAAAUUGAUAAUAUUAGAUGAAGCUACUGCAAGUGUAGAUUUCAAAACUGAUCAUCUGAUACAGACUACAAUUCGGAAAGAGUUUAAAGAUAGUACUGUUAUCACUAUUGCACAUAGAUUACGAACAAUCGCAGAUUAUGAUAGAAUUUUGGUUUUGGAUGCUGGAAUUGUAGUAGAAUUUGAUAUUCCAUAUUUAUUGAUGCAGAAGCCAGAUGGGUGGUUUAGAGGGCUGUGUGAUAGAAGUGGUGAAUUUACAGAAUUAAUGGAAAUUGCUAAGCAAAAAUAUGAGUGUAUAUCGUCGAUACAUUAA